AUGAAAUUUAAAUCAGUAAAUGACACCUUAAAUGACGAGCAAAACAAACUGAGCUUGGUAAACAAAGUGCCGGCGCUGUUCACACCGCUCACCAUCAGAAAUGUUACCCUAAGGAACCGGAUAUGCGCCACACCUAUGUCUAUGUACAGUAGCCGCGACGGUAUGGCCAGUGAUUUUCAUUUCGGUCACUUGCAGUCGUUCGCGUUGGGAGGCGUGGCUUUGGUCAUGACUGAGGCCACGGCUGUCACACCGGAGGGUCGGAUCAGUGCCAGUGAUUGCGGCCUUUGGUCGGACCAACACAUCCGCCCCUUCGCCCGUAUUGUGGACCAAAUCAAAAGUUUCGGUGCCAUCGCUGGCAUACAAUUGGGUCACUCCGGACGCAAAGGCAGUUGCGAAGUGCUUUGGGCCGGAGGCGAGUCCCUGAGUGAUGGUAAGGGUGGUUGGCCUACGAUAGCGCCGAGUCCUCUGGCCUUUGGUAAUCAAAUCUGGAAAGUGCCAAAAGAGGCCACUAUUGAUGACUUAUUGGAUGUUAGAAAAGCGUUUAUCGCGGCGGCCAAUAGGGCUGUUAAGGCCGGCUUUCAGGUAAUUGAGCUGCACUUUGGCAACGGAUAUCUUGUGCACCAAUUCCUGUCUCCGGUGACCAACAAAAGGUCCGACAGAUAUGGCGGCAAUCUUGAGAAUCGGAUGCGUUUGGCGCUGGAGAUCGCCGGCGCCGUCCGGGAAACACUGCCCGACACCACUGUAUUGGGUGUGAGGGUAUCGGUCAGCGAUUUGGUGUCCAACGGCUGGGAUAUACCGCAGACCAUAGAGUUGGCCAAAGAGUUGAAGGCAUUGGGCGUUGACUUUAUGUCGUGCAGUUCGGGUCAAUUGGUCCCGCGAUCGCAGACUAAUGCGCCGGCACUGUUCACACCCAUAACCAUACGGGGCGUCACAUUCAGGAACCGUAUAAGUGUGUCGCCGAUGGCCACGUCGGCCAGCGAGGAGGGUAUGGUCACCGACUUUCACCUUGGACAUUUGCAGGGCUUCGCGAUGGGCGGCGCCGCUCUGGUGAUGACUGAGGCCACGGCGGUGUCGCCACAGGGACUGAUCAGUCCAACGGAUAACGGCAUAUGGGGUGACCAACACAUCGCUCCGUUGGCCCGCAUUGUCAAAGAGAUCAAGAAGUACGGCGGUGUGGCCGGCAUUCAGCUCAACCAUUCCGGCCGUAAGGGUAGCUGCAAAACGGGUUGGGAGGGCGGCGCCACCAUUCCCGAUGAAGAGGGCGGUUGGCCUACUGUGGCUCCCAGUGCUAUAGCCUAUGAUAAUGAGACCAUUUGGAGAGUUCCCAAAGAGGCCACCAUUGAAGACAUCGAGCAAAUUAAGGCACAGUUCGCGGCGGCGGCCCAGAGAGCCGUUAAGGCCGGCUUUGAGGUAAUUCAGCUACACUUCGCUCAUGGUUAUAUUGUCCACCAAUUCAUGUCUCCGCUCACAAACAAGCGGACAGACAAUUACGGCGGAAGUCUGCAAAACCGGAUGCGCUUCGGACUGGAAGUGGCGGAGAGUGUGGCCAAAGUAAUACCCGAUAACGUUGUGUUGGGCGCCAGGAUUACGGUGAGCGACGGCGUGCGUAACGGUUGGGACGUUCCCUCAGCCGUCGAGUUCGCCAAACAACUCAAGCCUAAGGGUCUGGAUAUGGUUGACUGCAGCGGGUAUAGCGGUCUCACCCCUUACGACCCCAACAACCGGCUGACAGACAGCUAUGCCGUACAGUUGACGGCCAGCGAGCGUAUGCAGAAAGAGGCCGGUUUGGUCACGUCGGUCAUCGGCGGUGUGUUUAGUCCGAAGUACGCCAAUCAGUUGGUGGCCAACGGGACGGCAUCGAUGGUGAUGUUGGGCCGGGCCUUUCUCAAUAACCCCCACUGGCCGUAUCACGCGGCCGAUGUGCUCGGCGUCCAGCAAAUGGAUCUCUACCCUAAGUAUUACGGUUAUGCCAUAUCGGGCCAG